AUGACAUUUAUGGUAUCUGGUUUUAUGAAGAAAAAAAUUGUGCUAAGAUAUUUAAACUUAUAUCGAGCUUAUUGCAGUUAGUGCUUACAAAAUCUGAUAAGUCUAGCAAUAUUAGGCAACGAUCUUUUUCUGAAAGUCACCGUAAACAUCAAAAGCAAGGGAACGCUCAAAUGGAUAUCAUAUCUCUUCUCACACGUGCUCAAGAUGAAUAUGAUAAGAAAUCUGCAGCUAAAGAUUCAUCUAAAUCUUCACAGCGUUCACCUAAUGGGGACAUUGUUAAACCUACUCCAGUUCGUAUCAAUGGUGAAACAAUAACUCCCUCUAAUACUGCACCUCUAACUUUGGGAAUGCUCUUUGCUCAAGCUGGUGGUGUUGCGAAAAAACCAAAUGAAGAUCCCAAAGACUUUGAUUCUCGUGUGAGAUCCUUCACUGCCAAUGGCUGUAAUAACUUAUCUAAUCAUGCUGGAAUGAGUACUGAAACUAUUCUUCAGAACUUACUUUCCAAUUCAGCGCACACUCUUCAUCACAUUGAACGUCAAGUAUCAGAAAUUGUGAAAAGCAAUACAGAGAAGUCUUGCAUUGAGAGACCACUUUCAGCCGGGGAUGCAACUUUUACUGCUGAAUCAUUAGAGAAGGAUUUAAAAGAAAGGCUAAAUAUAUUGCCAAAAACUGAUAAUGUAAAUAAAGAGUUGAUUAUGGAUAAAUGUGAUUUAUCUUGUGGAAUUGCCAAAAGUCAACCUAUUGAUAUACCAAUUCUCACUCCGGCCAUGUUGGAUUCAUCCUUGCAUUCAUCUGUUCCACCAGUAAAUAUUAAGUCAUUUGCUGAAAAGACUGACACAUUUUUGGAAAACUGUAGUUCUUCAUUUCCUGUGAUUAAUGAAUCACGGUCAUAUUCACCUACUCAGUUGCUAUCACCAAUGGAUUUUACUAUUCCACGUCGUCAGAAGAAUAUUCAGCAAACUCUACUUUCAUCCUCAUAUUCUCCGGAACCAGUGUCUGCUACCAAAAAUGGUUUUGGAAAUAGUAAUGAAGAUUUGCUUCAUCCUCAAGCUUUGAUAAAUGGACCGUUAUUGUCACGUUCAUUGUCCUCAGGGAAGCCACCCACUGUGACACCUCUUAAUAAGGAUCAAUUUAAAGAAGCUUUGAUGUUUAUGAUUCAGAGUGAUGACGACUUUGUGAUGCAGCUUCAUGAAUGCUAUUUAAAAAGCUUGAAAAGUCAGUUGAAUGUUUUACAUUUUAGCUGACAAGUUUCUAAGCUUUCUUUGUGAUUUGAACUUCUGUAUUACAAUCACCCGGAAGUAAUUUGUUCCUAAAAGACACCAUUUUUUGGUGAAUUGAUUUUGUUUUGUUUGUUAUUAACUGAAGUCAAUAUUAUUAUUUUGUAAAAAGUGAAUGAAUUUUUAAAAAAUUAUAUUUUCCUUAUUUUAAUUACAAAGGUUACAAAUAUCUUGCUAAACAAAUUUUUUUCAAAUGUUAUUAUUUGAUUUCUUUUUAUUUCUCAAAAGGAGAACAAAAUAGUUAUUUUUUAUUCACUUUUUAUAAUUUAUUUUAUCUGUUUCUCUGCUACAUGGAGAUAAAUAUUGAUCUUUUAAAAAAAAUAAGUAAUAACAUUCAGAAAAUUGGUUUCUGAUACUAGAAAAUUUAUCUUCUUUGAUUCUUUUUGUUUAUUUAUACCUUUUAAAAAAAUACAUUUAUGUGUAUUUUAAAUAUCAUUUUAAGUGAUAUGCAUUUCUUUUCGAACUUUAAAAAAACAAAAAACAAAAAUAUUCUACUCGCAGCAAUUGCUGUUAAUGUUACUGAUUUUAUUAUAUAUGUAUGUUCUACAAAUUUUAUUUGUUUUAUCUGCUUAUAUUUCUCGAGAAUUCUCUUGUUGAAUAUUGUCCAAUUAUAAAUGCGUUCGAGAAAUUAGAUGUAUUUUUCUCGAAUUUUAGCAAAAAUGUGAUGUUUUUUAAUAUUAGUGAUGUGUGAGUGAAGGAGUGUAUUUUAAUAAAGAUUAUUGUUUUACAAAUGAUUAUUUUUAAGCACUAAUAACUACCCAAUUUAAUUGGACUUUAUCAACUUUAUUCAACCUUGUUGAAAAAUAUUGUAGUAGGUUCCUUUUUUGUUUAACAAAUAUAGUUGAAUAGCAAUGAUUUAUACACUCAUUUUGAAUCUGUUUUAAAAAUUAAUAUAUUCUAAAUUUAAUCAUGGAAGUUUUUUUACGCUUAGCACAUUUAUUCACUUGGGUAUGUGGUUACAAAAAUAUUUAAUUUCAUUGACUUUCAGAUUAUUUUUGUUUAAAAAGAAAAGAAAAAGUUGUUUAUAUAUUACUGUGUGUUUUUUCCCCCUAGUGAAAUUUAUACACAGACUUUAGUUUUAGAUUAGUACAUGAUAUUUCAAAGCAUACACAUAUUUCUUUCUGAUAAUUCCUACUUAACUAUUAUUAUUAAGCUUAACUUUGUAAUAAUGUCUAGUUCUUGAAACAAAAGUUAAUGACCUUUACUAAUUUGUAUAACACCAAUAAAAAUAUUUGUUAGGUAUUAUUUAAUUGUUGCAUUCCUUUUGUUUUCAAUGCACUCAAAUGUAAUUGUUUUGAGAUUAACCUAUAGAAACUCCUUUUGUAAUUUGUUGUGGUCAUAGACUUUAUUUAUCUGAUUUCAAAGUUUGCACAAAAGUUUCAACUAUGACCAUAAUAUAUUUUUUUAGUUAGGGUAUUGUAGAUUAAAUUUAUUAUAAUUCUUAUAGUUAAAAAUGUAAUAACUUCCCCAUGAGGGUAGCUUAUUAGAGUCUUAAUGUUUUUUUAUAUGUUUUUAAUUUGAAUAUUGCAUUAGUAAACAUGUGAGCUAUAAAAUUCAAUGCGAAAACUCUAGUUUUUAGUGAUGGGUAUUUUUUUUUUUAAGAAAAUCCAUUAUUAUUAGAAAUAAUAAUAGAGAUUGAUUAAGCACUAAUGUAAAUUUUAAAAAAUUAUUUUUUAUGAUUGAAUAGCAAAAAUAAUUUUGCAUAGGAUUAAUUAAAAUUCUGGGGCUAGAGUUUUUAUUGCUUUUUGCACUGAUUCAAUUAUAUUUAGUGCACGAAAUAUUAAUUCUUAGAAGUAAGUUGCACUAAUAUUUUUGCUGCCAUUGGCAGUGGCUUUUUUUUUUUUCAAAAUGUAUUAUAGUAAAUAAAAGAGCUAUGUGCAUAUGUUUAUAUACACUAUAAAGAAUGUUCUUUAUAUGUAAGAGUAAUUAUAUUUAAAAUUAAAUGCUCUCUAUAUUAUAACUAUCUGAAAUAACUUUUAAUAAUACUUUUUAAUCAGAUUAUUUAUUAUUGUUUCAUCUUUUUUUUCUCUUUAUUUUAUUUUUAUUAUCUUAAAAUGGUUUAACAAACAUAUAGUAUAUAAUGUAGAAUUUUAUUAUUUUUUUCAUCCAAUAUGUUUUGUGCCAAAUUUAAAUAUUUUUUCUGUUAUUUAUAAAGAAAAAUCAGCUUUAUUUUCACAUUAAAAAGAAAGAAACUUUCAUAAUGAUAUAGAUAAUUUAUCAAGAUUAACUUUUAAUGUCUUAUAAUGAAAAUAUUUUUUUUCUAUUGUCAAUAUUACUUUUAUCGGUAUUAAUAUUAUGAAUCAUAUGCAAUGAUUCUAAGUUUUCACCAAUCUUUAGUUUUGCAUUAAUAAAAUUAUUUAUUUAAGAUCACUUAAAAAAAUUUUAAUUUUUUUUUUGUUGCUAAGUUUGGUUUAUUGAUAAACAAUCAUAAAACAAUUUUAAUGUUCUCAGAAAUAACUUUUUGUUCUUGAUUUUCCCCUCCCCCCAUUUCAUGAUUACAAUUAAUUAUGUCAUAAACCUUUUUGUUAAUUUUCCUUACGUGAUAAAAGAGCACCGUUCAGUAAAAUUUUGCUUAUUUUAUUUUGAAAAUUUCAAGAUAAUUUUACGAAUAUAUUUUGAAAAACAUGGCAAAUCUUGUUUUUAUAUGUAUAUAUAAUUUUAGAAAUACUUUUUGAAUAAGUUAGCAAUAUGUUAAUACCUUAAAUUAAUUCACAGCUAAAAAAGCUAGCAAUGGUUUUUAAAACAUUCCAAAUAUUCAAGUAGUUAAAAAUUAAGUACAAAAAUUCAAUUUCAAACUAUAAUAGAAAUUGAAUGGGUAACUAGUUCUUACAUUUUUUCUGAAUAUUAUCUUUAUUAUAUUUUGUGUGUGUUGUGAAGCCUAUCUUGAUUCUAUUCUAUGAAUCUAUAUCUCGUCAGAAGUAACUCUAAUGUCAGAAAGAGCAAAUUUAUUCUUUAAAAAAAAAAAAUUAAAUUUGCGUGCUUAUCAUAAAUAGCCUUUUAAUACCAUUAAACCUCCUGAGAACCAAGGAAUUUAUUCUUAAAGGUACCAUCAGUUCCCAAAGGUGCUGUUUUGUAAAAAUUUGUUCCCUAUUAGCGAAAUAGUAUUUGUUUUAAUGAUACUUUCUAGUAGUGAUCAUGCUAAAUGGAAAUCUUGCAAGUUGUUCAUGUUAAUUUAGUUUAAUGCUAUGUUUUACUGCAAUAUGAAGCCUACAAAAUAUAAGUUUAUAAAUUAUUUCAAUUAGGUUUUCUUGGGGAUAGAAACUUAUAUUCAUUUUCUAUAAUUUAAGUAGCUCUAAGAGAAUGCAUUAACUAAAACUUGUAGAGAGUUUGCAUUUUUUUUUUCAAUGUGUAUAAGGCCUCUGAUUUUUCUAAGGACUUUAAAUCCUUACUAAAACAAUAAAAUUUGGUAUUAAAAUAUCAAGUUGUCUUUCCAUAACUUUUAUCUCUCAUUAUUAACUAAUAAAUGUAACUUGUAAGAAUGUUCAAAAGUUUUGUUUUUAAUUUUAUGAUAACUAUUCUCUGACUAUAAAAAAAAAGUAUCUUCACAGCUUGUCUGCCCUGAAUUGUUCUGUUUAAAUUCUUCAUAUAACCAAUCUGUCAAAUCAGUGUGGUUUAGAGAUAUUAUUAUCAUAACAACUCUUUCGAAUGUGUAUUUGUUUACUGUCUUAUUGUUUAGAAAAAUGAAUUAAUUCAUUUUCCUGUAAUUGUGUAGUUUUUAUGUGAUAUGCAAAUCUCUUAAAUGUAAUAUACUUCUUGUACUGCAUAAAUUUGAGAUAAAAGUUUUGUUUUUAUUUUUAAAAUCUUGAAGAAAAAUUUCUCACAGUGUUUCUGUGAUGCGAAAAUCAUAAAAAAAAAAAUUCUCACAGUGUUUCUGAUGUGAAUAUAUAUAUAUAGUAAAAGCUCAAUUUUGAACCCAAAUAUAGCAAACAAAGAACAAGGCCAUUUAUUUGGCCACCACUUAUUAAUAUCUUUAGAAUAAUAAAUAUUUGAUUUUGUACUCUCUAACUUUUAUAUUAAGAAACAUAUAAUAAUUUAAAUGUUAAUUUCCUAAAUUGCUUUAUUUCAUUUUUCAGUAAGUAAUAUCUAAGAGGUUUUGUAAGCUAAAUAUAUUUCAGUAGUAAUAACUAAAUAUAUUAUCAGCCCUUUUAAAAUAAUUACAAAACCAGCAAUUGGGUUAGUAUUCUUCAUAAUACCUGAUAAUUAAGCUUUUACUAUAUUAAUAUCCAGAUGCCUUAUUGGUGUAUUACAGUAACUGAGCUAGUUACUAGAUGAUGAUUUAUUUAUUUGUUCGAAAAUAUUUUGCAUAUCAGUAUUUUCGAUCUAAAUAUUAACCAUGAUGUAAGGCAUCUGGAUAAUGUGUGUUUUUAGAAAUUUUAGUCAUUGUAGAAUUGUCUUAUAUUUAGUGUUUUGUAUAUUGCAAUAUUUUAUUUUUACAAUCUUAAUCUUAAAAUUGCUCACUGUUAAACAUUUUUUUAAGAGUAUUUUAAUACAAAGCAUUACCUAUGGUUGUUGAUUUUUUGCUAUGAUGUAAAUGAAUGGUGUAAUGAGGCACUGUGCUGAUGAUAAUGUUUUGAAAAAUAUAUCUAUUUAAUAAUACAAAUUUGCAGUCCCCCUCCCUGUACUUUUGCACCCUAAUAUGUAUCAUUGCUGGUUGAGUGAUGCAAAUUUUCAUUACUUAUUUUAUUCACUGAAUAUUGAUUUAUAAUUUAUUGAAAUAUAUAUAAAUUUGAUUAUUGCAGUUCUUUCAUUUUUUUAGAUUAAUUUUAUAGUGAUUAAAUUUUUAAUUGCUUUUGCUUUUACUUUGACUAGUAAUUCAUAAAAACAUUGAAAGUUAAGAACAUUUCACAAAAAAACGAAAAAUCCUAUUCUUCCAGAAAUGCAAAAUUUUAUAUUUUAUUAUUUUUGUGAAUAUAAUGUGUAUAGCAAAUGAAAGUUCUGAUAAUUCUCUGCUUUAUAUUGUCUUAUUUAAGAAAUAAAUUGUAAGAUAAGUUUUCAUUUUUUCGUGGGUUCUCAGUAGAAAUUUCCAUGGCUCAUAAAGAAAAUUAUUGUAAAAGAUGUGGUUAUAUUUCAGCUACUUUGCAACAUAAAAGCCAUUGAAAUUAUGACCCUGAGAUAUAAGUUUUUGUAUUCCAUUAUGGUAAUCUAUUGCCUAGGAGUGGAUUCAGCAUGUUACAGCUGUCUUUUGAAAAGUGGUGCCCAAACAUAAAAUUCUUCGGGAAAUUUGCUGGGGAUUUUUGGGAUAUUUUUGAUUAUCCACCUUAUAGUCCCAAUCUUGCUCCCAUUGACUUCUGCCUGUUCUUACACGUAAAUUCCUAUCAGAGCAUCACUUUCUCACAGCCAAGAGACUUCUAUGAUACUGGCCAAAAAAAACUUAUCCAAUGGUAUGAUAAAUGUUACAUUUUAAAUGGUUCUUAUGUUGAGAUGUAGCAUAAAUAUUGCGAUAUCUUUUGCAUUAAAUCUUUUUUUCUGGACCUGGGGUAACUUUCUUUACGGGUGUCACUUGCAUGUGUAUAUAAAUGCAAGUCUCACUUACAUUCUCUAACAUCAUACUUUAUCAGGGUGCGUAGCAUUUUUAAAAAGUGCUUAAAGGUACUUAUUUUCAUUUUUUAAAAAGUGUUUAAUUUUCCUUAUUUCAAAAUGAGAUUUUUACCAUGUUGAUUUUUGCUACGAAUUAUGCAAAAAGACACAGUUCACAUUGUUCUCUUCAAUGUUUUCACAAUUAAUUCAACCCCAAUCUAUUUCAGUGUAUUGUCAGUCCAUAGCGUAUGAAAACACCAUUUGUUUUACAUGAUUCAAAAUUUCAUGAUUUUUGACAUGACGCUUGAAACGAAAUAAAAUUGUUAAUUGUCAAAAACUUUCCUACUCUUCCUAAUUAUGAUAUUUUUUUAAAGUGCUUUAAAAUAUUUUUUGAGUGCUUAAAAGGUGCUUAUUUUAUGUUUAAUAAUUUAGCUACGCACCCUGUUUAUGCAGGUUUUAUUAUCUUAUUAUUAUAUGUGUUUGGACCCCCGUAAUAUAAGUUUAGCAGAAAAUCAGUUAAACCAAUUUUUUCUCCUGCAUUAAGUGAGGGCUUUGACUGACCUACAUUUCAAUGUAAUUCACAACUAAACUAGAUUUAGAACCUUUUAACUUCAUAAAAAAGUAUAUUUUUUUAGACAAACUCUGAAACACCUCCUGAGAGAAAUUAGAAAAAGUUGGAGUUAGAGCCUUUUAAUUUAUCAGAGCACAAUUGUAAUUUUCUAUAAUGAUCUAAAUAAUUGAAUUUGCCUCAUAACAGUUUAGUUCUCUCUAUUAAAAUGUAAGGUUUAUUCAUAUAUACGUUAAUCUUUUCUUCUUUGUUAUGCUUUGUAAAAUAAGUUUUUAUUUUCAUGUAUUUAAAUAAAUAAUCUUCUAAAAUUAAAUGUUUAUUUGAAUACAAAUUGAAACAAAAAGUAUUGCUUUAUAGCUAGUAGUUAGUCAUAGUGGUUGAUUAUCAUUUUAGAGUUAAAAUGAAGUUAAUACCAAAUUCAUAUUGUAUAUUUUUAAGUCUUUUCUCUUCAGAAUUGGUAUUUGGAAGGAAAGAAAACGUCUAUUUUAUUAAGAUAUUAAAACAUUUAUCUUAUGUUUAUCUCAAGAUUCUAUGCCUUUCCCGUAAAUUAAUUUUUUUUAUAAGAGUUUUAUGCUGUGAUUUCAGUCAUUUCAUUUUUAUUAUACCCAUAAGAGGAUUACUUCUGUAUAGUAUUUAACCCUUUUUUUUUUGAAGUUAUACUUUGUUUUGAUUCUAUUUCUGCUGUUUAAAAGGUUAUAAAUCUUUUAUGUUAUUUAUCAAAGAAAAGAUUUUAUAACCUAUUUUGAUAUUGUAUUAAUUUUUUUUUUUCCUAUUAUUUCUUAGGGUAAAUCUGUUAGCCCAUUUCAACCAAUAUUGAAACAGCCAACUUUGAUGUACCUUUUCUAAGAGUUUCUUAGUGUUCAAAUACUUUUUUUUCUUUUUUGCUCUUGUUAUGAAAAUGAUGCAUAUAAUAAUUGUGGAGAUUUAAAGGUGAAAAAAAAACUUUGCAUUAAAGUGUGCAUCAUAGAAAAAUGCUUUUUUUUUUCUUUUUUUGUAAAAUUGUUUUUUUUUUUUUUUAUCAAAUAUAUAUUAGAAAUGGCUAUUUUAGUUUGCGUUUGAAUAAAACAUCCAACUACAUAUAAAGUAGCCCCCCAUGAACAUACGUUUCAGACCCUAGUAAGUUCCUCUCCUCAAAAACAAUUUUCCCCAAAAUUCUGUUGUUAAGCCAUUGAUGGAGUUUGGUUCCAUCGAUGAGUACCACUAUAUCUAGAAAGUAAUUGUGGGUGUACAGUGCUGACCACAUUGUAGAUUGUUGGUCACAAAAUAAUGGAGCCUUUAACUUCAUUGUCCCCUGGCUCACAGCAAGCUGUUGCAGGAAUGCUUUGUAGAGUUCAAAAUAUUAAAACUUACUAUUGAUUCAUUCUUUUAUGUUUUAAUUCAUAAUGGUUUUAUGACUACUUUACUUUUUAAGGUACAUAGCAAAUUUUAUUUGCUCUUUUAAUUUUUUUAGUGUGUCUUUUAUAACUGCAAAUUCUACGUUAAAUAUGUAGACCUCUUUUAUUUCUGAUUUGAAUGUGCAUUUAAUCAACAUUAUAUUUACUUUCAAUUAAUAUUUCCGUAGUAUUUCAAUUUGUUUAAGCUAUUUUAGUGUACUUCAUGCUGUGCUGUUCAUUCAACUCAUAUAUUUCAAUAUGUCAUUUUUUUUAAAAACAGAAAAACCAUUAUAGUAUCAUGUAUAUAAUCUGUUAAGAAAAAGUGUCCUUUUUGAUAUAAUCUGAGUGCCAUUUUAAUCUCAAAUCUCUGAUGAAUUUGAUGCCUUAAAAAUUUUGAAUUUUUUUUAUUUAUUUAUAUAUGAUGUUUGAAUUUUGUUUUUGAUUUUCAAUUCAAGUAAUACUUCUGAAGAAAAUCGCCUGGAAAAUUAGGAAUACUUGCGUGUUCCAUUAUGAUUCACAAUAGGAUUCUUAGGGGAAUAACAACAACAAAAAAAGAAGUUAAAAUUUGAUGUGCUUUUUUUUUAAUUUAUUUAAAUUUGAACCUGACUAUUCUGAAUCAUCCUUGAUGUCCCUAGAAUUUUUUUGAUGCUUAUAUUUAAUGGAUAUUUAAACACAAAUUUACCAAUUUUCACCUAUUUUUGGUAGAUUGGAAAUAUUGAUAGUGCUAUGCUAGAAUAGUCAACCUUUUUAAGAAGAGCUCAAGAAAAAUUAUGCAUGCCACUUCCAACAUACUAAACAUUUAAAAAAGCAAAUAAAUGUUAUUCAUAAGUUAAUUAUUUAAUCUUCUUGCUAUGUUCUUAGAUAUCAACUGCAUUAGACAGCCAGGGUGUCUCUCUUGCUGAAGAAGGGGAAAAUGUUUUAAGACAUAACCAUGGCAAUGCAAGGUGAUUCAAAUCAUUGAGCUUGUACUUGCACCGUACCCACUCAGUCUUAUCCCAUGUUUGUUCCUAGCAGUAUAGUUUUUUUGACACCAUGUUAUUCUAUAGGACUUUAAAGGAUUUUGAAAUCCAUUUUUCUAACUCCUAAAUUUUUUUAAUAAGCCUUCAUGUGUCACUGUUUUGUUUUGGGUGGGCCAUCCAUAAAAUUGGGAGAUAAUGAAAUGAGCUAUAAGUGAAACUGAGUGGCAUUCUCACACAUUGAUAAAUCUUUCUGGUAAGUAAAUUUAAAGCAAAUGUAAUAUAAAUUCAGUUAUUUUACUAACUCUUUAAUUUUUUAAUAAGUCUUUACAUGUCCCAGGAUGGCCAUCCAUAGAAUUAGGAAAUAAUGGAAAAGUCUGCAAAUUAGAAUAUAUGGCUCAUUGGCAAAACUUUCCAGGUGAGCAAUGGAACAUCCAGUAGAUUUUCUGAAUAAAUUGAAUCAACGUCGGAGAAACCUUUCUAAAUCUGCUGCUAGACUGCUUGAUUGUUGGAAGGUAUGUUUGUAAUGUGGUAAAGAAUGUGUGGCCUCAUGUUAAAAAACAGUUGGGGGGAAAAUUUAUAAUUAGAAGAAGAAAAAUUUACAAUUUCACUAUGUAUUUUUGUUUAAUUAUGCCUAUUUGUAAAUUUUAUAUGUUUACAGAUAUUUUUAUUUUUAAGUUUGAAUUAAAUAGAGCCAAUUGGUUAUGCUUAAGAAAAUAGAUAAAAUGAAUGUUAUAUAGACAUACAUGAUAAUAAAAAAUUUUUUUUGUUUGUUUCCAUUUUCAAUCUGAGCAUUUUUUUUUUAACUACUUACAUAAAAGUUUGAUUAAGAUGCUUUAAGUGCAUAAAUUUUAAAUUAUUUCACCUCGAAAAAAAAACGAUUUUUUUAUUUAUUACAAAUGUUGUUGGAAACAAAGCAUCUUUAUAAAGGAGGUAGUUUUGCUAAAUUGAAGUAUUUUGCUUAUCAAAUUAUUAAAAUUUCUUUUAUAAUACAUUACUUGAUCUAAAAAUUGUAAUGAGUAAGUUUUAUAAUGUACUUGUAUGUAUAUCAGCAUUCAGUCAUUUUCAUUUGGAUUCUAUAAUUAAGUUUUCCCUUAAUUCUACUUUUUUUUUAAAAAAAUCGUAGCUUUAUUUCCAUUUUUAUUUAAUAUCUGUGAAUUAUCACUUAAUUUGUACUUAGUAAUACUCUGUGCUUAGGUAUGUAUAUUCAGAGACUUAUAAAUGUAAGAAAUUGCUGUUUUUAAUUUUAUUGUGAUCAAGAAGUUUAGUGUUCAAAAAUCAUUUCUUCACAACUCUUUAAAGCUGUGUAAUCUGUAGUGUUUUAAUUCUUUAAAAAAAUUUUAAAUGUCGGUGCAUAUUUGCAUGCCUGCCAAUUUUUACAGCUGUACAUUGUAUAAAGUGACUUUAAUUACAUACUCAUAAAAAUUCUAUUUUAGAUAAAUCUAUUAGAGAAUAUGACUAAAUAAGUUUUUCUCUCGCGUCAUUUGAAUCAAGAACCUCUAGGGAAAAAAAAUUUUUUUAUCCUCACAAUUGCUCUAACAAAAUUAUUGGAAACAUUUUUCAUCUAUUCUCUAUGUAUGUUAUAAAGAGAGUAAAUUCUUUGUCUUGAUAAAAAGCAAUAUUCUUUUUUUUUCUUAAACUUAUAUGGCAAUUAAAAUAUACAGGUCGUCUACCUUUAAAUAUAAGCUAAUUAAUUUUUAUACAAAUCAUCAAGAUUAAAUUCAAAUAAGUAACUCAAAUAAUAUUAGUUAUUAAUGUUAUAAUUUUUCUUACUUUCCAACAUAGCAUAUCUAAUUCAUUCUGAAAGCUUCUAACGAACAUGUAGUUGCUAAGAAUUUGAAACGCAUUCAUGAAAUUUGCUUUAUAUGCUGCAAAAACUUUAAAACCACCUGUUAAGAUUGGCAGGUACGUAAAUGGUUCCACUAACUGCAAUGUAAUUUAAUAUAGUUGAAUGCCAAAAUAUUUACCUGAUUCCAAAAUUUGGAUAAUUGGUUUUUGUUGAACCAUGUUCAAAAUAAAGUUAUUGUUUUAAUAUA